CGCCGCCGCCGCCGCCCCGCGACGCCUACCGCCGCCUACCCUGCCGCCGCCGCCUGCGCCGCCUCGGGACCGGCUGUAUGAUUAGGCCACAAUCUUCAAUGAGUAGACAUAUUCCUCAGUUCUGUGGUGUUCUUGGUCACACAUUUAUGGAGUUUCUGAAGGGCAGUGGAGAUUACUGCCAGGCACAGCACGACCUCUAUGCAGACAAGUGAACUGUAGAAAUUCAUUACUACUCCACCAAGAAGCCCCCGUAAGAGUGGAGAACCUGGACACAGGAGUGUUGAAUUGAAAUCUGCAGAGCAUUUUACAAGCGCUCAGACCUGGAUGGGGCAAACCUCAGUGCACUUCCUUUGUAUUGCCUCAGUAUUACUGGAUUGAAGAAUCACUGCUUCUUGUUAGGAGGUUCAUUUCAUUGCCCAUUUCUCCCAAUUUCAUACUCACAGCACUGAGAAUUUCAAGUGGAGUACAUUGAAUAUUGAAGUAGACUUCAGGUUGUUUUUUGUUUUGGGUUUGUGUUUUGAUUUUUGCAUCAUUUCUGUAUUCAGUUUUUAAAAAAUUCUUUCAUAAGCCUAUUGGGUGUUUUUUGUUUUGUUUUGUUUUUUAAACGAAAUUACCAUGGCUCGAAUGAACCGCCCUGCUCCUGUGGAAGUCACAUACAAGAACAUGAGAUUUCUUAUUACACACAAUCCAACCAAUGCGACCUUAAACAAAUUUAUAGAGGAACUUAAGAAGUAUGGAGUUACCACAAUAGUAAGAGUGUGUGAAGCAACCUAUGACACUGCUCUUGUGGAGAAGGAAGGCAUUCAUGUUCUUGACUGGCCUUUUGAUGAUGGUGCACCACCAUCCAACCAGAUUGUUGAUGACUGGCUAAGUCUUGUAAAGAUUAAGUUUCGUGAAGAACCUGGUUGCUGCAUUGCUGUCCAUUGUGUUGCAGGCCUUGGCAGAGCUCCAGUGCUUGUUGCCCUAGCAUUAAUUGAAGGUGGAAUGAAAUAUGAAGAUGCAGUACAAUUCAUAAGACAAAAGCGGCGUGGAGCUUUUAACAGCAAGCAACUUUUGUAUCUGGAGAAGUACCGUCCUAAAAUGCGGCUGCGCUUCAAGGAUUCCAAUGGUCAUAGAAACAACUGUUGUAUUCAAUAAAACUGGGGUGCCUGAUGCCAUUGCCUUGGAAGUGGAACUUCAGAUGGGACCUAAUUUUUGUCAUACAUAAUUAGCCAAUGUGUUGGCUUAUUGAAUAAGUCUACUGAAGCUUCCACGAGAAUAUUGAAAACCAUUUUUUGGUUUU